GGUAAAUUAUUGUUCACAGGGUCAAGAAAAACCCCAAACAACAAACCAAGCACCUAUUAAAGGACAGUUUCUGGAUUUCUCCUUCUGCACAGCAUUUCACACUGUGACAGUGCCUGUGUGUGAGAGAGACGAAGAAUGGAGAAGUCCAGGAAAGCAUUUGUUGAUGUCAUGGAUAAGAUGGAAGCAGAUGCCAGAUCAAUGCGUCGUGAUGAGCUGUUUUUUUCUUACAAGGGAAUUCUGUACCCUACCACUCUUUGUAGUCCUGAAGCAUUCAAAGCCUUGGAGUCUUUUGAAGCCAGAAGGGAUGAUGUAAUUUUGGCAGGAUACCCUAAAUCCGGCACCAACUGGCUGAGUCAAAUCUUAACUGACCUGAUAGCCAUAUCCCAAAAGAAAACACCGGGUGGGGAAAGCAGUGCAAAUGCUGAAGAAGAAUUCCCCUACCUCGAAGUUGGAGAUGCUGAGAAAUAUGAGCGAAUGACCAAAUUACCUUCUCCAAGAUUUAUAGUUACUCAUCUCCGUCCUGAAAAUCUUCCCAAGUCUAUCUUCCAAAACAAAGUUAAGAUAUUGUUACUGAUUCGUAAUCCAAAAGACGUAGCUACAUCUUUUUAUCAUUUUUGCAAUGGCCUGGCAGCUUUUCCCUCUUAUGAGACCUGGGAUGAUUUCUUCACAGAUUUCAUGACAAAGAAAAUGGCCUGGGGAUGCUACUUGGAAUAUCUUUCUGAAUGGAACAAAUAUGUUGAUCAAGAAAAUAUUAUGGCAGUAACUUAUGAAGAGGUGAAAGAGAAUCGUGCCCUGGCUGUGAAAAACAUAGCUACAUUCUUUGGAAUUCCUCUGACUGAGGAAGAGCUCCAGCUUGUGGUAGAGAGGAGCAGCUUCCAGUCUAUGAAGAAAAAGUCAGACAAGACCCAUGGGUCAUUUGGGAAUGUUCUGUUUCGCAAAGGUGGUGUAAGUGACUGGAAGAAUCUUUUCAGUGAAGAUCAGAAUGAGAAAAUGGACAAAGCAUUCGAAGAACGUAUGGCAGGAACGAAACUCGGGAAAAAGCUGAAGUAUGACGUGUACUGCAAAGCCUGAAGAGUAAUGAAAAGUGGUUAGACCAAGAACUUUGCAAGGCAGACUCCAAUCAUCUGAAUGCUGUAUAAGAGAAAACUAAAUCAAACGAUGCAAGCACCUUAGGAUUACUGUAAGAAUCAUUGCAGCAGCCUUUACAGUGAC